CGUGAGUGUGAGCGAGUGCAAGUCUGUGUGCGUGUGUGAGUGAGUCGUGUGUGCAAGUUUUUGGGGCUGUCGGGUGUUCGUUUUUGAAAGAGGAGUAGAAAAAAGAAGAAGCAAGUUGUGUCUUUAAGUGUGUGCUUGUGUGUGUGGAAUUCUUGACAAUUCCCCAACAUACGUUACCAUGGAAUAUUACCUAGGAGGUUACGUCUAUAUGAAUGGAGAUGCUGUCAAGAUUCAGCCGCCUGUUUACACCAAUGUUCCUGUUGAAACGGCAAUGUUAGCUACCAACCUGUUUGGCACCCCGACACAGAUCGCAGCACCGACAGCAGCUCAUAUACCCAUAAUCACGGCAGCAGCAGCUGCAGCAGGAGGCACACCAACAGGAACAGUAGCGCCCCAAACAGCACAGCCCGCACAGCAUUCACAGCAGCAGCAGCAACAACAACAGCAGCAGCAUCCACAGCCACAACAGCAUCCACAUCAGCAGCAACAGCAGCAGCUCAUCUCUCAUACGCACGCCCACGCUGUGGCAGUUGCCGCUGCAGCCGCCGCUCAGCAGCAGCAGCAACAACAACAACAAUCAACGCAGACCAUCCAAACGGUGCAGGCUGUAACGCCGGCCACGGCCCAGUUGCAUCUGCAGGCGCAUCCGCAUCCGGCACAACAGCAUUUGCAGUACGGUCACCCGGCUCAGCAGCCGCUGCCACCGCCGCUGCCGCUGCCGUCCACUGGCGAAAGCAUUCAGGCAAACGCACUUGACAAUACCGAAUACGCCAUCAUGAAUGGAGCCAUCGCUCAGACUCAAGAUGGCAACCUCGUCUGCUAUACCACAGAGGCGCUCGUACCUGGCGUUAACAAUACGAAUUUAGUUGCCCUCGAGCAGCAGCAGCAGUCCGAGCUCAUCGCACAGCAGCAGCAGCAGCAGCAGCUAGCGGCCGAUGAAUGCGGCAUGCCGCUGGACAAGCUCAAGCAGAUGCUGGCCACGCAGCUGGACUAUUACUUUUGCAGAGAGAAUCUGGCAACCGAUACUUAUCUGGUGUCCCAAAUGGACAGCGAUCAAUAUGUGCUCAUAAAGACAGUGGCCAACUUUAAUCUUGUUAAGAAACUAACCAAGGACAUCAAUCUGAUUACCGAGGUGCUGCGCGAAUCGCCCAACGUUCAGGUCGAUGACGAGGGUCUGCGCGUGCGCCCCAACCACAAACGUUGCAUCAUCAUAUUGCGCGAAAUAUCCGACAACACGCCACUCGAUGACGUCAAGGCGCUAUUCAGCAGCGACAACUGCCCGCGCCCGAUUGCUUGCGAGUUUGCGGCCAACAAUUCGUGGUACAUCACAUUCGAGUCGGACGAGGAUGCGCAGAAGGCCUUCAAGUAUUUGCGCGAGGAGGUCAAAGAGUUUCAGGGCAAGCCCAUAAUGGCGCGCAUCAAGCCCAAGUCAUUUAUCAAUAGAAUACCUGCUGUACCAAAUAUCAAGAACGGCUAUCGUCUCAACUCACCGCCAACUGCCACAGUCUAUGAUCCAGCCGCUGCCGCUGGCGCCGCUGCAGCUGCUGCCGCCGUCAGCUACAAUGCGGCACCACAACGUUUCGUCUAUGCCGGGAAUGGCGCCCUAACCCCAGCCACGGUGCCCUACGGUGGCCAGGUUCUGAUCCCCUUUCAGCAGCAACCGUUCUACACAGGCCUGAUGCCGUGGCAACCGACCACUGUGGCCGCGGCGACGGCGGCGCAUGGCCAGAAUUUCUAUGAGAUUGGCGGCAAUUUAUAUGCAGCAAAUGGUCUGGCACCGCAGGCUGUGGCUGCCAAUUUCACAACCGCACCGCCGCCCGCCACACAAAUCGUGACGAAUAAGCCGCAGAGCGGCGGCGGUGGCGGCGGUCGCUACAAUAGCAAUCAUCGCGGCAAUCCGAAUAACCUGACCGGCACAGGACCACGCGGCGAGCUGCGCAGCAAGCCGCCGCGCAAUGCACAGCAACAACAACAACAACAACAGACGUCUUCGCAUAUCCAGAGCGGCAACAUUAUCAUGCCCACGACGCUGCGUGGCAUCAGCGUGGUGCCGGCUGCCAUUGUGGAUCCAAUACAGCAGGUGCCGCUGCAGCAGCAGCAGCAGCAGGUGCAACAACAACAGCAGCAGCAGGUGCAACAGCAUCAGCAGCUGCAACAGCAGACGGCCAGCUCCAGCCAACAGCAGCAGGUGCAACAGCAGCAAAUUGUGAGCGGAAACUCGGCUGGGUCCACGCGAUAUGCGCUCAAGAGCAAUUGGAAGGGUGGCAUGCAAAAGAAUCUGGACAAGAGCUAUGGCAGCCACCAUCACUACAGCACCCAGGUGCAAACGCUGCCCAGCAACAGCCAUGCUCACCAUCAGCCACAGCAGCCGCCGCAGCAGCAGCAGCAGACGCACUAUCAAUUGCCUUCCUCGAGCGCCGCCAGCUCAACGCACUCAACAUAUGCCAACUCGCACGCAGCAACGUUGACGCUGGCACCGCAGCCUGGUCAGCAGCAGCAGGCGCAUCAUCACCUGGUGGUGCAUGCUGCACAGCCCGUGGAGCUGCAGGAAGCCAGCGGCGGCGAUAAUGUUGUUGUUGUCGAGCACGGCGGCGGCUCGCAUGGCAUGCAACCGAGUCGUAGCAACAUGUCGGCCAGCUCCUCAUCAUCGCUGGCCACUUCCAUUGGCGGCGGCAAGGAACCACAGCCGCUGCACUGGCAGACACGUCCACGUCGUCGCCGGCGCGACGAAGACGGCAUCAAUUACUCGCCAGGCGGUCGAGUUAAUAUCUAUGGCGGAUCGCCGCAGCAGCUGCUCUCCUCGUCGUCCGCCUCGUCUACGAAUAAUGUGCAGUCGUCGCAUCGCGAGAGUCAUUAUGGCAGUCAUGAGGCGCAGCCGGCGCCGCCGCAGCAUCGCGGUAAUUACAAGGGCAACAAUUAUAAUCCCAACUAUCAUGCUCAGCAGCAUGCGUCCAUGUCACAUCAUCAUCAUCAUCAUAAUCACAGCCAUAGCGCGCUGCCCGCCCAGCAGCAGCAACAGCAGCAACAACAACAGCAGCAGCAUCAUGUGCCGGCUGCACAGCAAAGCUCGGGCCAUAAUUAUCAUCAUCAUCAUCAUCACAACUCCAUUGGCAGCAAUGUGGGCAACAGCGGCGGGCUCGGUGUCAGCAGAGGAGGAGCAGGAGGCGGCGGCGGAGGAGGAGGAGGAGGAGGCGGCGGCGGUAGCAGCAAUGAGCGCGGCCUGCACCAUGGCAUCAGCAUGGGCUAUCAGGGCCAUAAUGCACACCAGCAACAGUUGCAGCAGCAGCAGCAGCAACAACAGCAGCAGCCGGCGGCUCCGGCACAGCCGCCACAAUUUGAUUUAGAGGCGUCCGCCUUUCCACCGCUGCCGGCUACCUCGGCGCCGGCACAUGGUGCACAUCAUCAUCAUCAGCAUCACAGCAACGCUUCCAUGCAUAACUCCAGCAGCAACUCAUCCUCAUCGGCGAGCGGGCCGAGCCACAGCAAGCAGCAGACGGCCAAUCAGAGUCAGGCCCAUCAUCAGCCGGGACACGGCGCCGCCGUCAUCGCGUCGUCGUCGUCGGCGGCCGAAUGCAGCGGCGAGGAGCCGCGUUCAAGCAAUCAUCAGCAUGCCGAGAGCAAUGCGCAUAGUUCCUCCAGCAACUCCUCAACGGCGGCUCCGGCAGCUGGCUGGGCCGAGAAUCGACUCGCGGAUGUGGUACGCACGGGCAAAGGCAAGGCGCGCAAGGAUGCCGCCGCUGUCGCCGCACAGAACCGACAUCAACAGCAGCCUGGCCAGCAACAACAGCAGCAUUUGCCACAGCAGCAACAAUAUCAGCAGCAGCAGCAGCAGCGCAAUCUGGCGAUUAGUCCCACGCCCGCGAUGGUAGUCGUAGCUCCAGCUCCAGCUGACAAUACUAAAAACUUUACUAAGCAGAGCUCUAGUAAUAACCCGAUCAAUGUGAUAAAGUGUCUAACACCAAAUAUCAAUGCCAGCAACAAGUUGAGCAACAACAAUAACAAUGCGAACACGACGACGACGACAGCAACAGUUGCUGGUGAAGAGGCAGCUGCUGCUGCUCAGCAGCUGGAUAAAUCAAACAAGACUGAGGAUGAACUGCAUCCAAUACAAGGCGGCAAGCCGCAGCAGCAGCGCCUAGUCGAGGGCUAUGGCCAACAGCAACAGCCGCAGCCGUCGCAACAGCAGAUGACAAAUGACUAUGUGCGCGGCAUGGCCGCGCCUGGUGCACUGCCCAUGGCCGGGCAUAUGCCGACGAACUCGGGCGCUGGCGCCUGCAGCGGCACGCUGGCCACCGGCUUGAACGAGCUGAGUCUGGGCCAGCACAAGAAGCCGGCUGCGACUGGCACGCAACACACCAAAAAGGAGCUCAACCCUGGCGCCGGCAAAGAUGCCAGCAGCAACAAACACAAAAGCGUCGCCACCUCCACAUCCCCCGCCAAUUCAGUGUCAACGGAGAAUAUUGCGGCCGCGACAACCGCCAGCAAACUAAGCUAUGCGCAGGUGGCGCAACACCACAAGACCGCCGCCGAGGCCAUCAAGGACGGCGCUGUCUCGCCCACGGCCAGCCACAAGCUGGAACUAGUCUUUGGCGACACCGCCGCCACGCCCACAACCGACAAAGUCGCAGCGACUGUCUCGACUGAGAAGCGUCUGGCCGCAGCUUCGUCAGCUGUUCCAGCUGCGCAGCCGGGCAAAGUUGCCGGCGGCACGCAGACUCAGGCAGGCGGAGCUGGUGCCAAGGAGAAGGAUGCUGCUCAGCGAGAGUCGCGUCCGAAUGCGGCGCAGAUUGCUGGCAGCUCGCGCCAGCAGAGCAAGGAGAAACCACCGCAACAUUAUGGAUCAUCCACUGAUCACAAUACGAAUGCCAAUCAGGGCGGUCGCAAAUCGAGAUCGAAUAACUCUUAAAAGCAAAGCAGGUCGCCGAAUUUGCGACAAAUGUGAAAAACACGAAUACUUUGCUAGGUGACGCCGCCGCCGCUUCAGGUGCAUCACCCCCAACCCCCCCUUCUGUACAUAAAUUCCAAUGUGUAAAUACAAACAAAAGCCGUUUUUUGUUAUAUCUAUAAGCGCUAUAGAUAUUUACGAGCUAACCAAGGAGGCAUAAAUAAGUUGGCGUCGCACUGAGCAGAGAUUAGAGGGCGACCGGCUUGGACCAGUUAUCAUAUAAUAUAAUAAAAGCAUAGGCAAAGGAAUAAUGGUGCAUAACAUUAAUGAAAACACACACACACACACAGAGACUCACACAUCUACAUACAUAUAUAUAUAUGUAUAAUCAGUUAAAGUUAAUUUAUCUUAGCCUAAACUUAACACACACACAAAACACAUGUAGAUUAGUGCAACGAUGAUGAAUUGGUAGAUAUAUAUAUAUACAUAUAUAAAUAUGUGGCGUGUAUAUAUAUAUAGCGUAUAUAUAGAAAGAGAGAGAGAGGGAAGAAGUUUAUAUGCCCAAGUUAAGUUUACGAUUACGAUUAAUGAAAAUUGUUUGAUUGGAGUCAGCCAAGUUGCAUCCGUUCGAGAUGUUAGCUAAAUAACGACAACAACAACAACAACAAAAAGAAGAAUAUAGCAUUAAUCAUUAUUAAUAAUCCAUUACUCAUUGCCUGGUGAAUCAUGUUGAUCAUCAUCAUUAUCGUGUGUUGAUUAUCAACGUUAAUUUUCAUUUGCUUAUAUGCUAAAACUUGAAUAGAUUAUAGCCAAAAACAAAUACGAGAGUUCUACCACUACAGAUCGGGCUAUAUAUACGUUAGUCCCAGACAUCUUUUUCUUUUCAUUUUUUAAUAUUCUUAUUAUAACCUUUAUCAGUUUGUCUGAUAGCAGCGACCAUUGAAGUCUUUUGUUCUAUUUCGAACCUUUGGGCAUUAUUUUUUUUUUUUUGUACUUAUUUCAUGUCCUAAAGGAACCUGUUAACACGGACACAGACUGGCACACACUCACACAAACACACACACACUCUCUAUGUUUAUACUUAUAUGUCUAUGGAAAUAAUUGCAAACAACUUGAAAUUGCAUUUCUUCCACACAUAUGAGGGCAAUUUUCUCAGUUCGAUGGUUUCACACACAUUUCUCGAGAAAAAAAAACUAAAACCAAAAACAAAUUAAUGCAAAUUUUAUACAAGC